AUGGCAAUGUUUGAGCAGGAUCUCAACCUUGAAGCCACAGAGCUUAGAUUAGGCCUCCCAGGCACCAAGGAGCCUGAGCACAACACAUGUUCUAGUGCUUUAAUCAGCAGGAGCAACAAAAGACCAUUGCCAGCUGACAUGAACGAAGACAAGGAUUCUUCAGCUGCCAAAAGAUGUGACCAACAGAUUUCUCAGCCUCCCCCCUCCAAGGCACAAGUAGUAGGGUGGCCACCAGUGCGAUCGUACCGGAAAAAUUGCUUGCAAGCAAAGAAAACAGAGGCGGAGGGUUGUGGGAUUUAUGUGAAAAUAAGUAUGGAUGGAGCUCCAUAUCUUAGAAAGAUGGAUCUGAAGGUGUACAGAGGAUAUCCAGAGCUGCUUAAAGCCCUGGAAGACAUGUUCAAGUUCAAAGUUGGUGAUUAUUGUGAGAAGGAAUUGGGGUACAACAACAGAUCAGAAUUUGUGCCUACAUAUGAAGACAAAGAUGGGGAUUGGAUGCUGCUUGGAGAUGUUCCAUGGGAAAUGUUCAUCACUUCGUGCAAGAGGUUGAGAAUCAUGAAGGGUUCAGAAGCUAAAGGCUUAGGCUGCGCGCUGUGA